CACGUUGACGAUCUAACGGCUCAGAUCAAUCAGCUGUCGAACGACAACCGUCAGAUCUUGAACAGCCUCACCGUGACAUCUCAGCUUUACAUGAAGAUCCAAGCCGAGAACUCUGUUCUCACCGCUCAGAUGUCUGAGCUUAGCACCAGGCUCCAGUCUUUGAACGAGAUCGUUGAUCUCGUUCAAUCCAACGGUGCAGGAUUUGGUGUUGACCAGAUCGACGGCUGUGGUUUCGAUGAUCGUACGGUUGGGAUUGACGGAUAUUACGAUGAUAUGAUGAGUGGUGUUAAUCAUUGGGGUGGUUCGGUUUACUCUAACCAACCCAUCAUGGCUAAUGAUAUCAAUAUGUAUUGAU